CCGCCCCGCUCCUCCGGCCCACACCGGAAAUGAGGUCAGAGAGGGAAACCCUGGCGGUGAGAGUCGGCCCAAAAAGCGGCGGCCGUUCGAGGUGGCUACGGCAGCUGAUGUGGCCUCAUGGAUGAGCUGGUACACGACUUAGCCUCAGCCUUGGAGCAGACGUCUGAGCAGAAUAAGCUUGGUGAGCUGUGGGAGGAGAUGGCCCUGAGCCCCCGGCAGCAGAGGAGGCAGCUUCGGAAACGCCGAGGUCGGAAGCGUCGUUCUGACUUCACUCACCUGGCAGAGCAUACCUGCUGCUACAGCGAGGCUUCUGAGUCAAGUCUGGAUGAGGCCACUAAGGACUGUCGAGAAGUGGCUCCCGUGACCAAUUUUAGUGACUCUGAUGACACAAUGGUGGCCAAACGACACCCAGCUCUCAAUGCCAUUGUUAAGAGUAAGCAGCAUUCUUGGCAUGAAUCUGACUCCUUUACUGAAAAUGCACCUUGUCGACCACUCAGGCGCAGGCGGAAGGUGAAGCGAGUGACAUCAGAGGUGGCUGCUAGCCUUCAGCAGAAGCUGAAGGUGUCAGAUUGGAGCUAUGAGAGAGGCUGCAGGUUCAAAUCUGCUAAGAAGCAGCGUCUGUCCCGCUGGAAGGAGAAUACUCCCUGGACCUCAUCAGGCCACGGAUUGUGUGAAUCAGCAGAAAACAGGACUUUCCUAAGCAAAGCAGGAAGGAAAGAAAGGAUGGAGUGUGAAACAGAUGAACAAAAACAGGGCUCUGAUGAGAACAUGUCAGAAUGUGAAACCAGCAGUGUGUGUAGCAGCAGUGACACUGGGCUCUUUACCAAUGAUGAAGGGCGACAAGGUGACGAUGAGCAGAGUGAUUGGUUCUAUGAAGGAGAAUGUGUCCCAGGAUUCACUGUUGCUAAUCUUCUGCCCAAGUGGGCUCCUGAUCAUUGUUCUGAAGUAGAAAGAAUGGAUUCUGGAUUGGAUAAAUUUUCAGAUUCCACUUUCCUUUUACCUUCUCGGCCAGCUCAAAGAGGGUAUCAUGCUCGCUUGAAUCGUCUGCCUGGAGCUGCAGCUCGGUGCCUCAGAAAGGGGCGAAGAAGGCUGGUUGGGAAGGAGACCAGCAUAAACACUUUGGGGACUGAGAGGAUAAGCCAUAUCAUUAGUGACCCUCGGCAGAAAGAAAAGAAUAAAGCGUUGGCUUCUGAUUUUCCUCACAUUUCUGCUUGUGCACAUGAGUUCAAUCCCCUGUCUCCCCUUUACUCACUGGACGUUCUUGCCGAUGCUUCUCACCGAAGGUGUUCACCAGCACACUGCUCUGCCAGACAGGCAAAUGUACAUUGGGGACCACCAUGUUCACGUGACAUCAAGAGGAAGCGGAAACCAGUGGCCACAGCAUCUUUGUCUAGCCCCAGUGCAGUUCACAUGGAUGCAGUGGAGCCAACCACACCAGCGUCACAAACCCCCAAAUCACCCAGCUCUGAGUGGUUGGUCAGGACCUCUGCAGCAGAGAAAGCCACAGAUGCAACUACUACAUUUUUUAAAAUGCCACAAGAAAAGAGCCCUGGAUACAGCUAGAGAGCAAGACUUCGCCCUGCAGGAGCUGACUGGGUGUUGCUGAAGCAAAUGUUGGACUUUGUGUUAGAUAGUCUUGCAUAUCUUAAUCGACAUUCCCAGUCCUUUCACCACCAGAACCAACUCCUCUUUGAAACACAGCAGUGGACUCUCUCUCAGAAGAUCAUGUUGUGGGAGUCUUUUUUUUUUUAAUAGUAAAAUAUUGAGGCAGCAAUUUUUUACAAAAAGGUCAUCCUCUGCUCUAUUUGUUACCUUGUUAUUGCUGUCUCAACAUUUACUACAGCUCCAUUUACAGAGCUGUUGCUUUUUUGCAGUUGUCUUUGUUCUUGAAAAACCAGUAACUGCUUCUGCAUACGUUUUGUGUAGAGCUUUUAAUAUCAUUUGAGGAAGUUCCAAAUUUGUAGCCAGUUUCAAACAAAUUUAAAUACUGAGUUGAGGCCUGUAUGGAAUUGUUUGCAGGAGAUAAGGCUUGCCUUUGAGCCUACUCUUGAUUCACGCAGAGUGCCAAUAAGAUAAAUCAACGAGGUUCUCAUUUUGGAGCCUCAAAAGAGACACCAGCAACUGGGCCUUGAGAACUUCCAUUUUUUUGCAGAUUGUCUGCAGAAACUCAGACAGCUCAUCAGCAGCAGCAGCUGUAUUGUAUUUUACCUCAUCUUCAGAGUUUAUGUUCUACUGAAAGAGGACGUGUGUAUACAUGCACACGCACACACACAGCUUGGUGUAAUGGAGAAGAUGGUUUAGGUGUACAGCAAAUUUAAAAUAGUCAGUGAAUUGUGUCUUACUACUUCAUGUCCCAGUGUAAGCCUUUAUGUCCUAAGCAGAACUUUAUUGUUAGUAUUAUAGGUUAAUAACCUGCAGCAGAAAUUCAUACUCUAUUAUAAUAAUGGCUUCUUGGGGCCAUGCUUUGGGGAGGUAAAAUGUCUUUUUGACAUGCCUUUAUAUUUGGCGUGUUUAUGAUGGCUCAGCUGCAUGUGGAGUUAUAUAUACAGUCGUGCCUGAAGUUGGAUGCUACUUUGUCAAAAUGAGAAAUAAGUGAUGGCCUGGAGCUGCUGGAGAGAAGCCACGCUUUCUAAAAAGUAUUAUCAAGAGUGUCUGUCAUUCAUUCAGGGGCCUGGCUGACAGAAGGACUUUUUUUUAAUACCAAUGAGUGCAUUUACUCUGAAAUACACAGAAGCUCUUGGUGAAUUGCUGCCUGCUGUGGUCACAUUGUAGGGGGCCUCCCACUCAUGCACCUGCUUAUUUUCUGUCUUAAACAGGUGCUGGAUGGGGCAGCACCUCCUUCCCCCAAAAUGCGAUUGCCUCUGUUUCCCAUACAAAGUGUAAUGAUGGGUUGCUUUAUCGUACUCCCUUUUAACAAUUAUAGUCCUUA